AUGUCUCUUCCGCGUUUGGAGUUAUGUGCAGCAUUGUUGCUAGCUCAGUUGAUGCACAAGAUAAUGGAAUGUGUUAAUUGCAAGUUUACUCGUAGUUUUUAUUGGUCAGAUUCAACAAUAGCGCUCUCAUGGAUAAGGUCUUCUCCCAGGAAAUGGAAUACUUUCGUUGCAAAUCGUGUAAGCGCGAUUCAGGAUAUUUCGAAUCAAGAGGACUGGCAUCACGUUGAUUCAUCACAUAACCCUGCAGAUAUCAUUUCAAGAGGCAUAUCACCUACACUAUUGCUCACAACUAAGUUAUGGUGGAACGGUCCAGAGUGGCUGGCAAAGGACGCAGCGAAGUGGCCUGUCAAGCCUUGGCUCGCUGAACAAAAUCCACCCGAAAUGAGAAGGGUAGUCACAGCUGCGAUAGUCGAACAAGAACCGUUGGAAAUAUUCAGCAAAUAUUCAACAUUUGACAAGUUAAUUCGAAUACAUGGAUACGUGCUACGAUUUAUUAACAAUUGUCGUAAUUCCGCGUCUAAGCUCACUGGAAAUUUGACAGCAGGGGAGCACAAUAUGGCUGCUCAAUCAUUAGCUAAAGUAGUGCAAGCAGUUGCGUUUGCAAGUGAGCUCAAGCUCCUACGUAAUCAUAAGCCAUUAUCGAGAAAUAGCAGUUUAUUGUCUCUCACGCCGAUACUGGACGAUCAAGGAAUUUUACGAGUCGGUGGCAGGCUCCAAAGAGCCAAGCUUCCAUUUUCAGCAAGGCAUCCUAUAUUAUUGCCAUCCAAACACAUUUUCACAAGAUUACUGAUAGAACAUGAACACUCUCGACUACUACAUGCCGGGCCACAAAUGACCUUGGCUUCUAUACGACAACGGUUUUGGCCAUUAAACGGUCGAAACAUGGUUCGCUUCAUUUUGAAAAAAUGCAUUAAGUGUUUUCGCACCACGCCUUCAACUAUUCAACCCAUCAUGGGCCAAUUGCCCACGCAGCGAGUGCAAGCUUCUCGAGCUUUUGUUAGUGUGGGAGUGGAUUAUUGCGGACCAUUUCAAAUUCGUGAGUCCAAACGACGAAAUGCAAAAACUAUGAAAUCAUAUGUAGCUAUAUUUGUAUGCAUGGCAACCAAGGCAGUUCAUAUAGAGAUAGUCUUCGAUCUUUCGACACAAGGCUUCAUACACGCUCUUAAACGAUUUAUUGGUCGCAGGGGUAAGCCGAGCCAUAUUUUCUCAGACAAUGCAACUAAUUUCGUAGGAGCAAAUCGCGAACUAAAAGAAUUGCAUAGCACAUUUACAAGAGAUAAGGACAUAAUGGCCCACGAAGCCGCUGUGCAAGGUUUUCAGUGGCACUUCAUACCACCUCGAGCUCCUAAUUUCGGAGGCCUUUGGGAGGCGGCAGUUCGAUCGUUCAAGGCUCAUUUUAAAAGGGUAGUAGGUACCGCUUUGCUAACGACAGAUGAGAUGCAGACUCUUUCCAUUGAGAUUGAAGCCGUACUCAACUCCCGUCCCAUUACUGUCUUAUCCAAUGAUCCCAAUGAUUUGGCAUAUUUAUCCCCCGGUCAUUUCCUUAUUGGUGACGUGCUGACCGAUUUACCAGAACCUGAAAUGAGCGAGACCCGAGAAACUAGGCUUUCUAGAUGGAAGCGAGUCGAACAAAUGCGACAGCAUUUGUGGAAAAGAUGGUCAAGAGACUAUCUUAAUCAGCUCCAGCAGCGUACUAAAUGGAAAACGGAAGACAUUAACGUUGCACCCGGAAACAUGGUACUUAUUAAAGAGGACGAUGUACCACCAUUGUGUUGGCCUCUUGGUAGAGUUAUGGAAAUUCAUCCAGGAGCCGAUGGCGCAAUAAGAGCAGUCACUGUUAAAACUGCCAAGGGAAUUUUCAAGAGACCGUCAAAUAGACUAAGUUUACUUCCCAUUGAACAAUAA